UCUGCAUAUAUUGUUUAUUGUAAAUGUAAACAAACAAAUAAUUUUACAAAAUUCUAAAUAAACAAAAGAUAUUUUAUUUCCUUUACAGAAAGAAACUUCAUCAAUUGUGUAAAAAUCGUAGAGAAAAGGGAGCUCAAUCAUAGAUAAAUAAAAAAUAUAUUAUAUCUUGCGACUAUGAAUGACAAUUAUUACAAUUUUUGUAGAAUAUGUUUGAAAUGCGACAAUGUAAAAUUAUCAAAUACUUUCCUGAUUAUGGAGUUUAUAAGACAAAUACUUGGUUUAAAUGAUAUACCAGAAGAAGUACAUUUAUGCUUGUGGUGUAGAGCAGCCAUUAAAAGGACCACAACAUUGAUAUCUAUCGCAAGGAAAUCACAAAAACUAUUAUUAGAACAUAAUGAGAUACACAAAGAUCUACAGAAAAAUCUCAAAGGGGUUUAUGAAUUCAAUCAUUUUUGUAAUACACCUGUGAAUAUUAUUCCAAAUGAAACAAAUACCAUAGACAAUAAUUGUUCUAAAAUAAAUUCAAAUCAAGGAGAAUGUUUAGUUACAUUAGAUAAUUUAAAAAUAGAACCAGAUGAUUAUGGUACUGAUUUCAGUGAAGAGACUGAGACUAUACAGCACCAGCAAGAAGAAAAUGUAAACAAUUUGUGCACAGAUAAUAGAGAAAAUGAAAUGAAAUUAAAAAAAAAAUUAAGUGGUAAAAAUAAACAAUGUGUCUAUGAUGAAAUGCAAUAUGAUGUCGAAUAUUUGAAUUUAGAACAGCAAAUUAUGGAUAUGGAACAAAAGAGAAAGACAGAAAAAUAUAGCAGAAUGGAAUUUAAAUGCUACUCAUGUGGUAUAGGAUUUUUAACUGAUGAUGUGUAUAAAGAACAUGAGUUAAAGCAUAAAGAGGCAGCUGGGCCUCACAAGUGCAAGAUAUGCGAUCUCAGGUUCAAAUCUCAGCACGUGUUGUCACAACAUAGUUUAGCACACAGACGCAAGUUCACGUGCCGUAUAUGUAAAAACACAUACAAGAGGUGGUACCACUGCAUCGCCCACAGAUACAAAUGCGGAAGUGCUAUUGAGUAUGUAGCUUGUGAAACAUGUCACAAGAUAUUCAGUGACAGACAUUCCUAUAAGAUACACGCAAAACGCGUUCACAACAACGAAAAGAAAUAUCAUUGCAAUGAAUGUGACCAUAAGUUCACUAGCAAACAGCGGCUCACUAUACAUAUGAGGACACACACGGGUCUGAAGCUGUUCGCAUGUAAACAAUGUUCUAAAAAGUUCACAACCAACUCCAGCUUGAUUUCCCAUCGCUCUACGCAUAUAGAGACCAAGAAAUUUUACUGCGUCGAGUGUGACACGCGAUAUAAAACUAAGAAAGGACUGAGACGACAUCUUGCGGAGGCUGUGAGACAUGCAGUCACAGAGGAUACCGUCUUUUACUGCCCGGACUGUAACAAGACAUUUCCUACAAAGAAACAAUUGUAUGGCCAUAUAAAUUCAAGGCACACGAAAUCAUUUAAAUGUGAUUUAUGCAGUAAGAUAUUUUCAACUAAUACAAACUUAAGGAAACACAAAAGAUGUGUCCAUUCGACAUUUUAGAACAACUGUAUAUGGCGCCAUCUUGAAUAUUUUGGCGGGAAUACAAGAGAAAAAUCAGGUCAAUUUAA